AUGACAUUCAUCUUACAACUUGCUCGUCCUAUUGAUUCUGUCGGUCAGUUAGCCCAUGCAUUAAGCAGUGUCAAACUUUCCACAGAUACACUACUAAAAAUAUUCUGGCCAAGUUCAUAUUGUAGGCUGUUACGUGAAGAUGUUGUUCUACUAGAUAGUCCAGGGAUUAAUGUUGAUCCAGAUAUGGAUAGAUGGAUUGAUCUUCACUGUUUGGAUGCGGAUGUUUUCAUUCUUGUUGCUAAUGCUGAGUCAACAUUAAUGCAAGCUGAGAAAGAUUUCUUCCAUAAAGUCAGUCAAAAGUUAUCCAAACCAAAUAUUUUUAUCAUUAAUAAUCGUUGGGAUGCUUCAGCAAACGAAAUUGAAUAUAUUAAUGAGGUACGUGAGCAACACCUGCAACGUUGUGUAGCGUUUCUUGUUGAUGAAUUAAAAGUGUGCACACGUACAGAGGCAGAGGGACAUGUUUUCUUCGUUUCAGCCCGUGAAGUUCUAGCGAUGAGAACAAAAGCGAAUUUAGGUGGCGAUCCACAUUCAGGUCCUCCUGGAGCGGCUACAAGUAUUGGGUCUCCUUUGUCAGCAGGUGGGCUACUAUCAUUAGUGCUUUCUUAUCAAGCUUAUAUUUAUCUAUUCGGCUUUGAGCAACAUUAG